AUGCAGAAGUAUUCUAAAAGAAAUUCACAGUCAAUUUCCGAUAGUAAUACAAAUCAAGAAGAGGAAAAAGAGAAAUUACUUCAUUCAGAACCGUUGAAUAAACAACCCAGGUUAACUUUAUUAAAACAGAAUUUAUUCAACAAUAAAGAUACUGAUCACCAGCAGCUGAAACAACAAGGAGAACAACUCACUGUCACUGAUAGUUCAAAAACUGACGACCUUGAAAAUAUUAACCGCAAUGAUGAAACAUUUUUACAUGACCAUGGAAAUUAUAUAAAGUCGAAACUCAACGAAAAUGAUAUACUCGAUACACUGAAAUCUUUGUUAACUUGUUCUGUAUGCUUAGAAAUAAGAGAUCAGACGAAUCAAUGCCCAAAUGGACAUUUAAUAUGUUCACAAUGUUCUAUACAACUAUUACAACAGUCAAGCCAAACAAAUUUAGCUAAAUGUCCUAGUUGUCGUGUUAAUUUACAGCAUAAAUUACGUAGAUGUUUACUAGCUGAACAAAUGACUGCUGAAUUACCACAUGAAUGUCAUUACUGUUAUAAUAUUAUACCACGUAGAUUAAUUAAACAACAUGAAUAUGAAUUAUGCCCAAAUCGUUAUGUAACAUGUCGUUAUAAUCUUGUUGGAUGUGUAUGGAAAGGUAAAUAUGAAGAUUUAAAUUCACAUAUUUUAAAAUGUGAUUAUAAACAAAAAACUGUUGAAGAUGUUGAAUCUAAUCUGGUGAGAAACUUAAUUCAUUAUGAAUUAUAUUUAAUGAAUGAAAUACAAUUUAGUAAAACAUUAUCAACUAAAUUAAGUAAUUAUCCAAUGGGAUUAAGAAUUGUACAAAAGCAAAUUGCUGCAUUCCGUAAUGAUUCAUCAGACGUGAACGCUAAUUCUGUUAAUUAUCAAGCAAAUAACACAACAGUUCUGUGUAAUUUUAAACGUUUGACCGUUGAAGUUCACAUUAACUGUGAAUUAAAUAAGCUGGACUACUCGAUUAAAACAAAGUCGAAUAAAACAACGGAUUUUCUUAUAUGCUUGAAUUCAUUCAAAUGUGGAGAUAUACUAUUUAAUAUAAACGACCAGCUACACUCAGUACAUUUCGAUGCAUUAAAUAAACAAUCAUCUAGUUAUACUGCUGAUAUAUUAAUGAGUAAUGCAUCUCCUAGACUUACUAACAAUGCUAAUAAUGAUAGCAGUAAAAAUCAGUAUCAAUACACAUUUGACGAUUUAUCCAUAGAUGUUUAUCGAGAUCAAACUAUGUUGGAUAUUCUAAGUCAAAAUAACUGUAUUUUAUUAAAUUUCCUAUUAUUUGUUGAAUACAAAGAUCCAUUUGAAAUCCAUAUGUAUGAAAAUCAAAGUGUACGCCUUAAUGAACCAUUAAAUGUACAAAUGAGAUUUGAGCAUGCUAAUGGAGAUCAUCAUGCACAUGCAUACAAUAGUCCUCAUUCUGACAGUGGUAUAACUAAUGAAAAUGACAAUAAUAACAAUACAACAACAACAACUACUACUACUACUCCAAUGACAGAUGUGACUGUUACAACUCCACAAGAUCAAUUAAGAUUAGGUACAUGGACAAGGCUUUUAGGAUUACCAACGAGUAGUCUUUUACGACCAAUUUUAGGUAGCCUAUUCUCAAAUAAUACAUCAACUACAACAACAACUACAACAUCUUUAUCAAGUACAAACCGAAAUCGUGAUACAAUGAAUGGGAAUAUUGAUAAUUUAAGAAAUCCGAUUAUAGUUACACUUACCAGAGUAUCAAAUGGUGGUGGUACUGAUGACUAUGGGGAUGAUACCAUACAACAGAAUAGUAUAAUAACAGAUAAUCUAAUGGUAAGACAUUUAGGUCUGAUAAGAAAUGAAGUUGAUGAAGAGGAUAAUGACAACGAAGAUGAUAGUGAUGAUGAAGAGGAAGAGGAAGAAGAAGAAGAAGCAGAGGAGGAUGAGGAUGAUACUUCUGCUGCUGCUGAAGAUGAUGAUGAUGAUGAUGAGAAUGAAAAUGAGGGAGAUGAAGACAAUGAAAACGAAGACGAGGAUACUAGUAACAAUGCAGCUGGUGAAAAUGAUGACUCCGACAAUGAAAUAGAUAUUUCUAAUCAAACAUUAGAAAAAAAUAAUAAUGCACUUACCGGAUUCGAUGAUGACGGUAAUAAUAAUAAUAAUAAUAAUAGUGUCGACAAUCAUGAAGAAAGUGACUGCUUGACUGAUAACAUUUCCAGUCUUCACUAUGAAUCAAUCAAUACAGGACAAGUUGUUAAACAAACUAAGUCAGAAAUGGAAUUACAAAACCCAAAUAAUAUUUCACAUGUAUACAAUAAUAACAAUAACAAUAAUAAUAAUAAGUCCAAUGAACGUAUCAAUAUUUCUGUUGGACGUAAACGUUCAAGAGAUAAAAGUAUAAACUCUAAAGAUUUUUAUUGUUCUAAUUGUAAAAAACAGUGUUCAUCUGACCAAAUAUGUAUUUCGAAAACUGAAUUAAUCAGUAGAUCUAAUUAUUUAAAAAACUGCUGUGAAAAACAAUUAAGCGAACAUUUGAAAAGACCCAAUUCAAGGGGGAAUAAUCCUGUGAAAAGAAGAAAUAUGGAACUAGAUACAAAUAAAACUAGAUGGAGAGAUCAAGGCAUAAGGAACAGAAUUAAUUAUCUCUUACCUGUUUGGUUAAAAAAUUGUGUCACACUGUUUUCUAAUUUUUCACGAUAUUUCCUACGUAAUCAUAUGAUUAGAAAAGAGAAAAAACUGAAGAAAAACAGAGAUAAUUUUAUAUUGGAUAAUUCACAGAAUAAUGCAACAUCAGAGGCUAACAGCCUUCAAAUUAAUGAAAUGGAAUUAAGUGAAACUAGCAGUUUUGAUAUACCAAUAAAUAGAUCUAUUUCUGAUAACUAUUGUAAAGAAUGUUCUCAGGUAAUGAGUGAUACAGAUGACAACAGUAAAUGUUUCUAUAAUUCCACUGAAACUAAUCAAAUAGAAGGAAAUUCUAAACUAACAGACUAUCAAUACUCUGAUCAUAGUCAGCUAUUGCCUACGACUAGCACAUCAUUCAAUUCAGCCGGACAAACAUAUCCAACAUGUAUAACAAGUAGUGGAGUGUUUCCAUGUAAGAAUGUAACCUCUGAUAUAACUUCAUCAUUUGGUGAAAGUGCAACAUAUACCUAUGAAGUAUGCGAUUUCAAUGUUUCAAAUCCUAAUGUUAAAAGCAAACGAAAAUACACUAGAAAACCUAAAGUAACUGUAGUGAAGAGUCAAAAGCAUAAAAGUCGUUCUAUAAGGAGAGCAUAAUCCUAUUCAUCUUUACAGUAUCCUUUUUACCUUAUACUGAAGAAAAGAAUUACAAAAUAUUUUUCCAUGUAUCACCCUACGGAAUAUAUAUAUUGAGAGAGAGAGAGAGAAAAACUAGCUUAUCGUAUUUCUGAUUAGUAAAUAUUACUGCUCAAACUUAGUUAGUUAACUUUUCUGUGUUCAUACAAC